GGCUCUGUCAACAUGGCAGCGGCGCCAGGCGGGCGGCCGCGCUGCCUCCUCUGGGCGGCAGUGGUUGCACAUGUGGUGGCGUCAGGUGCAGGUUUUGUGGAGGAUCUAGAUGAGUCGUUUAAAGAAAACCGUAAAGAUGAUAUUUGGCUUGUAGAUUUUUAUGCACCUUGGUGUGGCCACUGUAAGAAGCUAGAGCCUGUGUGGAAUGAAGUGGGCAUAGAAAUGCGAAACAUGGGUUCUCCAGUAAAAGUUGGGAAGAUGGAUGCAACUUCCUUUUCUAGUAUUGCAUCUGAAUUUGGAGUGCGAGGCUAUCCAACAAUUAAGCUCUUGAAAGGUGACUUGGCAUACAACUACAGAGGACCUAGAACCAAAGAUGAUAUAAUUGAAUUUGCUAAUAGAGUGGCAGGACCUCUCAUCAGGCCACUUCCUAGCCAGCAUAUGUUUGAGCAUGUGCAAAAGAGGCAUCGUGUACUUUUUGUAUAUGUUGGUGGUGAAUCUCCUUUAAAGGAAAAAUACAUUGAGGUUGCUUCAGAACUAAUAGUUUAUACAUACUUUUUUUCUGCCUCAGAAGAUGUGCUGCCUGAGUACGUGACAUUGCCUGAAUUGCCUGCUGUUAUGGUCUUCAAAGAUGGAACUUACUUUGUGUAUGAUGGAAAACUUGUGGCUAUUGCAGUCAUUGAUGAUAAAAACUCUUCAGUGGAACAUACCAGAUUAAAGUCUAUUAUUCAGGAAGUUGCCAGAGAUUAUCGGGAUCACUUUCACAGGGAUUUCCAGUUUGGCCAUAUGGAUGGAAAUGAUUACAUUAAUAGUUUACUAAUGGAUGACUUGACAAUCCCUACUAUUGUUGUAUUGAAUACCUCCAAUCAGCAGUAUUUUCUACCAGAUAGGCACAUUGAGAGCACAGAAGACCUGGUUCAAUUUAUUAACAAUAUCCUGGAUGGUACAGCUGAAGCACAGGGUGGUGAUGGACUUCUACAACGAAUCAAGAGAAUAAUAUACGAUGCCAAGUCUACUAUAGUGUCUGUGUUCAAGAGUUCACCACUGCUGGGAUGCUUUCUCUUUGGGUUACCCUUGGGGGUCAUCAGCAUCAUGUGUUAUGGAAUCUGCACAGCUGAUACAGAGGGAGAGGUGUUUGAGCAUGAGGGAGCUAAAAAAGAAAGUGGUGAUCGAGAGCUCACAGAUGAAGGCAGUGAGGAAGAACAAGAGGAGGAAAAGAAUGGAAAAUACACAGAACUUUCAGAUGGAGAGCUUAAACAGAAAGACAUUAUGGAAAAGAAAAAAGACUAACUUGUUUAGCAAGAGAAUUCUCUAGAAUUUCCAAAUAGACUUAUUUAUUGGCGGUUGUCAUUUAUUGGUUAUCUCCAUGAAAGAGGAUUGUUUUAUCUGCAUAACGGUAGUUUUGACUUGCAUGUAUUCACAUUUUCUCAGAAAUUGACAGAAAAAAAUUGGUGUUCUCUUAAUUGUCCUUAGUAGAUUAACAAAGAGCAAUUUAAAUGGAAGAAAUUUUCAGGUACAGUUCUAUACCAUUUUUGUAAGAAUUUUGAAUUGUUCAUUUCCAGAACAGAGGUAAUGUUACUUGACCUUACUGUAUGUGAUGAACUGCUACUAAUAUUGCCCAGCUAUGCACUGAUUCAUAUAAAAUUAAAGCUGAAAACAAGGAAAGAGAACUGUAAAGUGUUUUAGGCACGAUAGCUGAAGACAACUUAAAAGUUUCCUAAGAAGUCACAUGUUCUACCUGUUGCACAUUAUUAUGGGAAAAGGAAAACAAAACCAAAACAACAAACUUUUCUAUUUUAUCAAAUUAAAUGUAAAUUUUUGGGAAUUGGAGGACCGUUCUACCAUAUAUGCUAAGUGUUUAUUAAGAAUAUUGGAAAAUUAUGUUAAAAACCUUUUAGAACAUGAUUGCCUGUUAAUCACUUUCUGUAAAGUGCUUGCACACUUAGAGUGCAAAAGAUCUGCAAGAUUUUUGAAUCCGCAGCACAACUUGAUAAAGGAAGACGUCAAUGUGAACACCUUCUGACCAUUUGUAGAACUCUCUAAUGACAAGCUUUUUGAAUGGUAUGUAUUUAUUUUACAGUGUUUACUUGAGUUUGUUAUAUAUAUUUGAGAUAGGUAGUUUUGUUUUGAGACUGUUACCUACUCUGAAGGAGGGAGUUAAUGGAGCUUAAUAUUAACAUUGAUAGAGAUUGAUCAGUAUAAAGCAUUUUUGUUACCUGUGUCGUCAUAAAAGCCACUUCUAAUCCAAACCCGUGACUGCAAAAAGGACUAAUUUGUGUCCAGGGCUAAAACUCUCCAGUGAUAAGCUGUAAAGCAGCCUUUGGCAUCAAUGUCAUGGAAAGUACCACAGAAACAAAACUUAUAUUUUUCUGCUUCAAACUAUUCAUGCUGGGUUUUUUUCAUGCUGGGUUUUUCAUUUUAUUUAUCUUUUUUUUUAAGGGUAUAUUACUGUAUAAUACAAAAUAUAUCCUCCUUAUAAGGCAGCCUGGUCACAUAAGAAAUUGCUUUGCUGUAGCACUAAAUUAAGGAAUUUUAAAUUGUAACCAUGAGUAAGCUUAAAUAGACAAAUUCUAUGUUUGAGUAAAUUUGGUGAUGCUGUAGAAUCAUAACCAGGGAAAAAAGUAUUGCAUUCUUUUUCCCUGUGGGAAAGUAACCUGUUUCUUCUGUUUAAGUAGCUUGGUAACAGCUGCCUUCACAUUGCCAUGCAGAGUACCUUAAGUAGAUCUAUGACUUGAAAGAUUUUGGCUAUCAAACAGUAUAAACAGCAUGCAAAGAGAUUAGGAAAUUUUUUUGGAAAAAUUCCAUGUCUGAUUAUGAAUACAAACCUUCUCCUUUUUGAAGGAAAGAUUAUAAGUGAUGUCAUAGAACACUGAGUAGCAGGUAUCUGUUAGAGUUUUUUUCCCCCUUUUUUUGUUUUCUCUGUUGUCUUUCUAUGAAUUGCCUUUUUUUAAUUUUUGUCAUUAUAGCCAGUUGUACAUAGUGACUUGAGCUUUCUUGCUUUUUGUUGAGGUUUUAUUUUUGGUAGAACCUUUGAGAGGUGUAGAUUUAGUAUAUACAUGAGGAAUAGGUGCUUAAAAAUGUGUUUAGAAAGGGAUUUUUUUUUUUAUGGUAUUGAGCUCCUGAGCUGUUGAAAAAAUUUUAAAAAUCACUUAAUGAAAAACUUUUAAUUUUUUUUGGACUUCUGCACAACUCAGUGCUGAUAGUCAAAAUAUAGGACUAUUAAGACAGUAGUAUGUUUUCUUUGUCUCUUUUUUUAAAUUUUCAGUGCAGAUCAGUUGCAUAUUUAAUGUUGGCUCAGGCUGGAAACCUGCAGCUUUUGACUUAAUAAAAAAACCUGAAGUGGCCACUGGAGCCAUUCUGUUCCUUCUCUGGAGUGUAAUGAAAAGAAAAAAAAAAAAAAAAACUGAGUUCUGCUGCACUGCUAAGAAAUGUUUCAACAUGGAGCCUUCUUUUUUUGUGGUUAUUUUUGUUUGUGUUUAUAAUCAUAGUAGUCAGUUGACUUGCUGGGAAGUAUUCUGAGAUGUGGACCUGAAUAAUGAUAAAUACUGUGGAAGAAACAGACCAUACUGGGAUCUGUUCAAACUGUAGCACUUAAUAGCUAGAGUUAGGAGGAAAGCCUGUAUGUCAGUCACUUCUGAACUCUAAUAUCUAUCAGAUUUGUACUGAAUUGUUGAAAAUUAGACUUGAAAUGUACUGCUGUUUUCAUCAAAUCCUUCCCCCAGCUACAUUGAACAAGUCAUGGGGAGGAAAAAGGGGGACGGGUCAUAUACUGGGUGUCAGAAGAGAUGUGAAAUUAAAGUCUUUGCUGUGGUCACUCAAGUAAUCUAGAAUGCUGUCUGAGGAGGGGCAUUUUAUUUCUUUUCUUCAGUCUCUAGAGGUUUCUUAAAGCAACUUCACUGUAAUAACUUUGAAUUCAUAAAAUAAUGCUGCUUUUUUAAGUUAAGUGUAAGCCUUUUGUUUUUCUGUAAUAAAAAGGAUUUAAAAGA